CUUGUAUAAUGCUUUGAGUUUUGUUUUGUUGGAUGAGAUUUUCAAAUGUUACAUCGAUUAUAAAAAAAUAAAUAAAUUAGUCCGAGCGUAGCAUCAUUUUGGGGUCUGGGAAACGAACAGCGAUACCAGGAUGUCUACCAGAUUGUCUUGCGUUGUCCACCAUCAACCGAGCGAGACGCACCGUGUGCUGAAUUGAGGUCCCGCCGGCAGUUUUUAAAAAAAAACGAGCCAGAAAAUCCGCCAGUCUCGAAACGUACGAUCUUUCCUCGGGGCUGGGUUUGCCAGGUUCUCAAGAAGGGCGAAAAGUCCGUACAGUUCCCAGUCAGGGGCGGGUUUAGUGAUUUCGGAGGGGCCGUAGGCAAAAUAUUACAAAUGGUGGCCUCAUUUCAGCGUUUUAACUUCGAUAUGUAAGUUUCCAGGAUAUGUAAAUGAGCAUAAAUAAUUACAAAUAUAUAUCAUGUGAAUUUUGACGGGGCCUUCGACGUCCGGGGGCAGAAGGCAGUCGAGUACCACCUUUACCUAGCGCUAAGUCCGCCCCUGUUCGCAGUUCACUGUCUUUCGUAUAUUCCGGAUUCGCUGCUCAUGAAGUGAAAUAGUUCGAGCCUUUGGUUGUUUUAAUCUCGAUGAUGACGGCGUACAGAUCACGGAAAUAAAAAAAUCCAGUCUCUCAAAAUAUUCCAAUAAAGAAUUUAUAAUACAGAAAUGUGGACCUUGUGAACAGUGUGUUCAUUUUUGCGUUCGAUAUUCGGUCGGGGUUUUAAUCCUCGUGCAGGAAUGACUGCGUCGGUGCGGCGUGGCGUGGAGGCGAUCGGCGUGUGGCGCUGCUGAGGUGUUCUGGAAGUCCAGGUCGCUUUGAUGGCGGUCUUCAGCUCGUCUGUAUCGUCGGGUCUGGUGUCUCUCGUAGAUUCUCUAUGGGGUUCGGGUCAGGCGAGUCGGCCGGACGGUCGAGCACAGUAACACCACGGUCAGUAAACUGGUUACUAGAAGUUUUGGCGCUGUGGGAGGUGCCGAGUCCCGCUGGAACAGGAAAUCAGCGUCUCCAUAAAGCUCGUCAGCAGAUGGAAGCAUGAAGUUCUCUAAAACCUCCUGGUAGACGCUGCGUCGACUCUCGACUCGAGAAAACACACUGGACCGACACCAGGAGAUGACACGGCAACCCAAAUCAUCACCGACUGUGGAAACUUCACACUGGACUUCAAGCAGCUGGGAUUCUGUUCCUCUCCGCUCGUCCUCCAGACUCCGGGACCUUGAUUUCCAAACGAAACGCAACAUUGACUCCCAUCUUCCCCGUGAUCGUGUGUGUGUACUGAACCAGCCUGAGAGAUUAAAGCCUCAGCAAACCUUCGCAGUGACCAUGUGUGAACCCUCAGCCAUGUCCACAGCAGGAGAGAUUGAGCCUGCAGGAGACAUGAGCGUGCUGCAGUCCUGUGCUACUGAAGACAGCAUCGCUUCUCUGGAUUACCCUACUGCAGAGUCCACAGCCAAUGAAUCAUCAGAGGAGGAAUCUCCCUGUGAGCGAGAAGAGGAGAAUAAUAGUGUUAACACACACACAGAGCCUGCUCCCGUCUCUGCCGCCCCGGGUUCGGCCCUGUGGACGUGCCAGAGGGACGGCGAGGUGAAGCUGAGGAUGGCCGAGUCGGGGCCGGCGUCUGCAGCUCCUCUCACCGUCAACCAGCUGUUCACGCGCACCGUGGAGCAAUUCGGUGACCGGACGGCGCUCGGCUGGAAAGACGGAGAGCAGUGGAGGCAAAGCACCUACAGAGAUUAUUACCGAGACUGCCGCAUCGCCGCCAAGAGCUUCCUCAAGCUCGGUCUGCAGCGCCACCAUGGAGUCGGCAUCCUGGGCUUCAACUCUCCCGAGUGGUUCAUCUCUGAUAUCGGAGCGAUUUUGGCCGGAGGUUUCGCCGUGGGCAUCUACACCACCAACUCGCCGGACGCGUGUCACUACGUCGCGGAGAACUGCCAGGCCAACAUCCUCGUGGUGGAGAACCACAAACAGCUGCAGAAGAUCCUGCAGAUCCAAGACAAGCUGCCUCACCUGAAAGCCAUUGUCCAGUACAAAGACGCUCUGAAAGAGAAGAAACCAAAUCUUUACUCGUGGGAGGAGUUUAUGGAACUGGGCCGUGACGAGCCGGACGCUCCGCUCGAUGACAUCAUCGCGUCCCAGAAACCCAAUCAGUGCUGCAUGCUGAUCUAUACGUCAGGAACCACCGGACAGCCGAAGGGGGUCAUGCUGAGCCAUGAUAACUUGACAUGGACGGCGUUUUCGACGGUUUAUACGGUCAACCUAUCGGAGACGUCUCAGGAGACGGUGGUGAGCUACCUGCCCCUCAGUCACAUCGCCGCCCAGAUGGUCGACAUCUGGAUCACUAUGAGGGUCGGAGGAGCCACGUACUUCGCCCAGCCUGACGCCCUCAAGGGCUCGUUGGUGAACACCCUGCGUGAGGUGCGUCCCACGGCGUUCCUGGGAGUCCCGCGGGUCUGGGAGAAGAUGCAGGAGAAGAUGAAGGCAGUCGGAGCCAAAUCGUCCACCGUGCGCCGGAAAGUGGCGUCCUGGGCCAAAGACGUGGGUCUGCAAACCAACCUGAGCAAGAUGGAGCAGAACGGUGCAAUGACCCGCACGCCGCUGAACUAUCGCCUGGCCAAGCGUCUGGUGUUCAGGAAAGUGAGGAAGGCGCUGGGGUUGGACCGCUGCGUCCACUGCUUCACCGGCGCCGCGCCCAUCACCAAGGACACGCUGGAGUUCUUCUUCAGCCUGGACAUCCCGCUGUACGAGCUGUACGGCAUGAGCGAGAGCACCGGACCACACAGCAUGUCCCUGCCUGAUGCCCUCAGACUCACCAGCUGCGGGAAGGUGAUCGCAGGCUGCCAGACGAAGAUCUUUAACCCCGACUCGGAUGAAAACGGCGAGAUCUGCUUCUGGGGUCGUCACAUCUUCAUGGGCUACCUGAACAUGGUCGACAAGACCGAGGAGGCGCUGGACGAAGACGGCUGGCUGCACUCCGGAGACCUGGGCAAGCACGACAAGGACAACUUCCUGUACAUUACAGGACGCAUCAAAGAGCUGAUCAUCACCGCCGGAGGAGAGAACAUCCCCCCGGUGCCCAUCGAGGACGCGGUGAAGGAGGCCGUGCCCAUCAUCAGCAACGCCAUGCUGAUCGGAGACAAGCGCAAGUUCCUCUCCAUGCUGCUCACCCUCAAGUGCCAGGUAAACAGUGAGACAGGCGUCCCAGAGGACGAACUCACCCCCGAGGCUGUGGAGUGGUGCAGUAAGUUGGGCAGCUCGUCCACGCGGGUGUCUGAGAUCUGCGGGGGACGCGACCGCCUCGUCCACGCCGCCAUCCAGGACGGCAUUAACCGAGUGAACGAGAACGCCACGUCCAACGCCCAGCGCGUCCAGAAGUUCACCGUGCUCGAGCAGGACUUCUCCCUCCCAGGAGGAGAGCUCGGUCCCACUAUGAAGCUGAAGAGGCCGGUGGUGAUGAAGAUGUACAAAGAGCAAAUCGAGAACUUCUACAAAGAGGCUGUGACCCCAAGCAACCCUGAGAACCCGCUGCCUCCUAAAUAAGAUCCUUACCAAAGGGCGUGCGCGCACACACACACACACACACAAACACACACUUGCCUCCUGUCUGUAUCUAUGUCGCUUCUCAUGUAAAUGACUGCGUGCGUGCGUGUGUGUGUGUGUGUGUGUGUGUGUGUGUGUGUGUGAAACUUUCCCCACGUGAUGUUUUCCAGCUAAUUCUCUCUUCUUUGUUUGCGAUUUGUUUAUUUUUACCAUUAGGUUGUUUCUGUUUGUUUGUUUGUUUGUUUACAUUUGCGAGCGCCAUGCUAAAGUCACUCGCGCGACCUCAGCUUCACGAGAGUAGCGUCGGUGUUAUUUAUUUAUCUCCGAGGUGUGAUGAAGUCCGUAGGAGAGCCGUGGUCUUUUGGUGCCGGUUCAUCGGGAACGUUCAGGGAUCCGAGCCGCUCGCGUGUACACGAUGGAUCUAUUUAUAAAUAUCACUUAUUUAUGGUUUGUGUGUUUACGCCAAAGCGUGAAAGUAGGAAGGGGAUUAAAAAGGAACACGCGUCAGCUGUGUGUAUAUGGAGUGUUUCUCAGUCUCGUCGCGCUCUCGUUGCUCCGGAGUGCGGAAUAAUAGAACGUUCUCGAUUUAAAGAUGAUCCAGCACCGAUUCCGAAUAUAGGGCUCGGUCUGUCUCUCUGGAUGGAUGGAUGGAUGGAUGGAGUCACCAUCGUCCUCUGAGAACAUUCCACAGGGUUUUUGUUUGACGUCUGGGAUUCCAGUAUGGGAAUGUGUUAAAUGUAUAGACGCUCGAUUCCAGAUGAGGAACCUUUUGAGUUCCUCAAGGUUCCCUUGAGGAACCUUUGGUGUAGGAUUCCAUAGACGUUGUAUGAUUCAACUUGGAAUAUAUCUGAAAGGGAAAACUGUUGGAAACUUUCCGAAAGGUUCCAGGUAGGACCACGUUACAAAGCUGGAACCAUCGGCUAUAUAAAGAACCCUCUAGGAACCUUUCUGAAAGGGGGGGGGGAUAAAACGCUCAAGUGUUGGGUUCUAUAGAAAUUAGAUGGGUUCUACUUGGAAAACACCUCUUUGGGAAGCUAGAACCGUUUCCAUUCCAAAGAACCCUUGAGGAACCUUCGGUGUAGGAUUCUGUAUCGGAUGAAUGGAUUCUACUUGGAAAAUUCUCAGAUAUGUCCCAAGUAGAACCCAAAUAGGAAGUUGGAACCAUUAUCCAUACAAAUAACCCUCAAAGAACCUUUUCUGAAAUGGAAACGUGCGGGUGGCGUGCUGUAUAGAAGUGGUACGGGUUCUACCUGGAAACGUUCUGAAAAGGAGAACCUUUUGGAAACUUUUCAGAAAGGUCCCAAGUAGAACCCAGUCAGGAAGCCGGGAACCGUCGGCGAUCUAAAGAACCGUUGAACCUUUCUGAGAGGGGAAAACCUUUAGGGAUCUACAGGGGUCGUAUGGGUUCUACUUGGAAACGUUCUGAACAGGAAAGCCUUUGGGAACUAGGAACCAUUAGCAACCCAAAGAACUCCCCGUUGUUGUUGUUGUUGUUGUUAUUAUUUAUUUAUUUAUUUUAGAACCAAAAAAAGAAAUAAAGCUACGUGAAUGUGAGCCGUAGAAAGAAAUUCUGCGGGGGGCGGGGGGGUAAAAAUAAACAAAAAUAUAAAUUCUGCCCCCCCCCUGUGAAUUGAAGGGACGUGUUCGGAGAGAGCGCUUGAAGGUUCCCCCUGAGAACCCAAACGAUCUCAAACGGAUCAUCUUUCUUUAAAUGUUCACGAUGAUCUCGUCCCUGAGUUCUUCCUGUUUGAAGAUGUGGAUGAGGUUCUAAUAAACGCGUGCGUGUGUGUGUGUGUGUGUGUGUGUGUGUGUGUGUGUGUGUGUGUAGCAUUGACGGCAGUGCAGAGAAUGAAAAUCAGUCUGGUUCUCUGACGCUCUUGAGUUCACGCCAGUGAAAACAGCAGGGAUUUUCAGGUCGGAUGUGUUUGCACUAUUUAUCGCGUCUCUCGGGUGCUGCUCUGGUUUCACGGACGUUUCACCAGCAGCAGGUUUAAAGCCAAGGAACCGUUUAAGCCAUGAAUGUUUUGUUGCUUCUUUUUUUUUUUUUUUCUUCUUCUUCUUUUCCCUCCCUCACUCGCGCUCUCUCUCUUUUCAGCCAUUGUUCAAUGUUGAAGCGUUCAUAUGUGUUAUCUGGCGUUGUGUUAGGCGAUAUAAUAAUAAUAUUAUAUUAAUAAUGACAGAUGGCCGUGCACUUGUUAAAUAUUGUAAAUACCUUCCUGCUUUAUUUGUCCUGUGUGCGUUCAUCACACGAGCAACCGAACAGCUGCUCUGAUGUCAUGCAAUGUCGAUUUUAAUAAAUGAAACGGAAGAAAAUA